CCCCUGCAGAGCUACGGGGACCGGAAGGCGUUGAAACAGAGCUGUCGACGCGGGAGCACAGGCUGCCCACCAGUGAAGCGCAGAUCACCAAAGCCGAAUCCGAACUUGAAUUCUGUGCGGCUGAUUGCACAGAGCUGUCUUGAGGCCCUGAGGACUGGGAUCUGCGACCCCCAGUGAACAAAAGUCGGCCGUACCCCAGAGGCUAAUUUUCUCGUGGCAGGCACCUGUUGAGAGGCUGCAAGUAAAAUAAAGGCGAACGCUAGUUUCUGAGCUCACUCCCUCCUGAAAUACAAAGCAGGCAAAGCCCAGGAUCGUUGCUCUGGAGAAUCCUGCAGAUAAGGCUUUUCCAAAAAGUGCAAGCAUCUUAUAUUCAGAUACCUUGUCGUUGUCACUCAUGGCUAGCAUCAUUGCACAUGUGGGUAACAGCCGGAGGCAGAAUGCACCUUUGCCACCUUGGGCCCAUUCCAUGUUGAGGUCUCUGGAGAGGAGUCUCGGUCCUUUAAUGGUCAACAUGGCAGAGAGAAACAUGAAGUUGUUCGCGGGGAGGGUAGUGCCAGCCCACGGGAAAGAAAUCUUUGAAAACUGGCUGAGCCAAGUCAAUGGGGUCCUACCAGAUUGGAGUACGUCUGAGGAGGAAAAACUCAAGCGCCUGAUGAAAACCCUCAGGGGCCCUGCCCGGGAGGUCGUGCGUUUGCUUCAGGCUGCCAACCCCAACCUAAGUGUAGCAGAUUUCUUGCGGGCCAUGAAAUUGGUGUUUGGGGAGUCUGAAAGCAGUGUGACUGCCCAUGGUAAAUUUGUUAACACCCUGCAGGCACAAGGGGAGAAAGCCUCUCUUUAUGUGAUCCGUUUAGAGGUGCAGCUCCAGAAUGCUAUUCAGGCAGGCAUCCUAGCUGAGAAAGAUGCAAACCAGACUCGCUUGAAACAGCUUCUUUUAGGCGCUGAGCUGAAUAAAGACCUGCGCUUCAGGCUUAAGCAUCUUCUCAGGAUGUAUGCAAAUGAGCAGGAGCGGCUUCCCAAUUUCCUGGAGUUAAUCAAGAUGAUAAGGGAGGAGGAGGAGGAUUGAGAUGAUGCGUUUAUUAGACAGAAGCGGCCGAAAAGGUCUGAGCCAAUAAUGGAGAGGUCAGCCAGCCCUGUGGCAUUUCAGGACCCCCAGCCAUUAGCAAUCAGCAGUGCUGACUGUAACUGCAAGGUGAUUGAAAUAGAUGAUACCCUUGAUGACUCCAAUGAGGAUGUGGUCCUGGUGGAGUCUCCCGACCCUCUACUGACACCCACAAGUGCCCCUCCCUUCAGAGGAAGAGCCAGACCUCUGGAUCAAGUGCUGGUCAUUGAUUUCCCCAACAAUUCUGGGGCUCAGUCUCUUUCUACCAGUGGUGGUUCCGGAUAUAAGGAUGGUCCUGGGAAUAUUCAUAGAGUCAGGAAGCGAAAAUACACAAUCCGCUGCUCAUAUUGUGGUAAAGAGGGCCACUCAAAAGAAACCUGUGACAAUGAGAGCAACAAGGCCCUUUUUGAGAAUCUGAUCAUCACCCCGAAGGAGCUGACACAUACAGAGGAGAGGUCAAAAGAGGUCCCUGGAGAGCACAGUGAUGCUUCUGAGCCACAGUAAGGAUCUAGACCCAGACCUAAAAAAAUCCUUAACUGUUUUCAGAGUCUGGUGUUGGGAAUAACGGGAGUGCAGGGUGGGUUUCUAACUGCAUGAAUUAAUCCACAAAGCAGCUUUCCUUUGGGAAGGAGAAGAGGUCUUGCUUACUAGCACAAUGGAGGAAAAUGAUGUGACUUCUGUUCCUGCUCCCUUCUCUGCCAGCUUAAGGGUCUAUUCUUCAUGUGUCUAUUUAUUUGGUGACUUUAUGCUUUUUAUGAUAGGAGCAUCUCUUCAUUAAAUCUUCAAAAAUAAAGGAAGAUACAAAAACUAAAUUACAAAUUACCUGAAACUCUGCACCCUUUUGUAACCAUUGUCAGCCCUUUGGUGAAUGUUCUUCCAGACAUCUCCCUGUACCUGUAUACCCAGAUAGAUAUAUGUAUAAGUAAAGGUGAUCAAAUAUAAUUGCUGUUCUAUACUGUGUAUUUUUUUCACCAAAUAAUAUAUCUUGUGGACUUCUAUGUCCAUUAAUAUAUAUAAACAUCUAA